UAUUGCUUAUAGAGUAGUUACUAUUCCUUGCGGUGGCAUAUGCUUAUAACUUCAUCAUUCAAUUGACUCAGCUCUCCUUUCUCAAGUAGAAUUGUUGAUUCGUAGAUCUUCUCUCGCAGUCCCAUCCGAAGCAAGCAAUACACCAAAACCCAAAUAAAACAGAAAAUUUAUUUAUUUAUUCGUUUUUAGAAAAAAAAAAAAAAAGUGGUGAGCGAUAUGGAAUUUGACGAGCACGAGGACCAAGAGGAAGAGGAGGAAGAGGAAAUGGGAUUCUCAGUGGCGGCUGCGAGUUACGACUCGCUGGGAAACGCGGCGGUGAGGUCUAAAAUGAGCGGCGGCGAGGGAGUUGCGGUCACCGGGAAUUCUGGUCGGAAAGGGACGCUGAGAUACAGAGAAUGUCAGAAGAACCACGCCGUCAGCAUUGGAGGCCAAGCCGUCGACGGCUGCUGCGAGUUUUUGGCCGCCGGGGAGGAAGGUACGCUGGAGGCCGUAAUUUGCGCCGCCUGCAACUGCCACCGCAAUUUCCACCGCAAGGAGAUCGACGGCGAAACCAGCCCUUACCGGCAGCGUUCGCAGCCGCAGCCUCAGCCUCUGCACCCUCAGUACCACCACCAAUUCUCCCCUUACUACCACCGCGCCCCACCACCUUCGGCUGCCGGGUACCUCCACCACCACCUGGUAACUCCUCCGGUGUCGCAGCACCGGCCCUUGGCUCUGCCACCGUUAGCUUCCGGAGGAGUGUUCAGUAGGGAGGAAGAAGACAUGUCAAACCCCAGUUCCAGCGGCGGCGGUGGCGGUUUUAGUGGUGGUGGAGGUGGUAGCGGGAGUGGAACGAAGAAGAGGUUUAGGACGAAGUUCACGCAGGAGCAGAAGGAUAAGAUGCUUGCAUUUGCGGAGGAGCUAGGGUGGAGAAUUCAGAAGCAUGACGAAGUUGCUGUGGAACAAUUCUGCGCUGAAACUUGCGUCAAGAGACAUGUGCUCAAGGUUUGGAUGCACAAUAACAAACACACUCUUGCUAAUUCUGAGCAACGUUCAGCUGGGAAUGGAUCGAACCACUUGAACAGCACAACAAUAAUUGAGAAUUCUCAAUUAUCCUAAGGGAGAUUAACGAAAUAAAGAGAAAAGAACUGAAGUUGGAAGAAGUUCAUGGAAGGGUUUGCAGGUGUUCAUCUUAUUUAUUUAUCAGGUGAUGGUGAGGAGGGGGGGUAUGCAAUGGAAGUAUGCGGAUGAGCACAGAGAAUAAACUCCAACUUAAAGUUGUAUUCAAUUAACGUGCGUGGAAUGCAAGUGCAAAGCUGAGUUUUGCUGUGUUCCUUCGCAUUUGUCGUCUUUUUUUCCUCCCUAACACCGCCCUAGUUUAGUUUUAUUAUCGUUUCUCUCUCAUAUUAAUGUCGAUCUCCUCUUCUUUCUUUGCUUCUGGACACAUUAGACCUGAAAGUUCACAAACGAUUUAAUGAGUCCAAGAGAUUCAUGACCCGAAACUGAAGUGAGACACCAUUUUCUUUUGGUCUGAUUCAA